CAAAGAUCUCCCAAGGCGAAACCAUAGGAGACAAGCUUCGUUGGCAGGGUUUUGCACUUUCCGCCCUGGUGUCUGCACCAAGAGAACCACUCAAGAUUCAGCAAUCUUGCUCCUACUCAUCGACUGUUCAAUCAGCCUACAACGGUAAUACCAUCUAGGUCACCGAUGUCAUCCGUGGCGGCGAGCAGAGUCGCUUCCCCCGCUCGCCCAGGAUCGUCCUCCGGCCUUACACAAGCCGCUGCGGGAUUGGCCCUGACCUCUCGUGAUGAAGCUUCCGCGUCCUCAAAGCAGGGGAUGGGCAAUACCCGAAUGGAAUUGCCCCCCGAUGCCUAUGUUGCUAGCCUUAAGAAGUCGAUGUUUCCCCACAGGGGAAACAAGUUCAAUUCUGAAGGUCAGAUUCAUAUGGUCGAGGUCAACCAGUACCGCAUGACAAACUUUGAUUUCAAGAAGAAGAUUUACCAGUACGAUGUAAGCAUAUGCGUGAAAUCUUCUCUAUUAUUCUAUAACUAACACCUGUAGAUCUCUGUAUCUCCGGACGUGACGCAAAAGACAGCUAUCCUGAAGAAGCUCUGGGACCAUCCCAAGACGAAGGAGGCUCUGGCCAACUACAAACCUCAGUUUUGGCUUUUUGAUGGUCGAAAACUUGCAUGGUCCUCUGUUCCCUUAGACCGAGGAGAAGUCAGGUUCUCGGUCGAUUUGGACGAGGGCAAGCCGGUACAGGCCAACCGCAGGGGGGGCUCCAAUCUCUUCUAUGUUACUAUCCGACAAACCACUGAGAUCAAGAUUGAAGCUUUGCAGGGCUACCUGGAUCACAAGAUCGAUUUCAACAAUGUGGUUCAGGAAGCGCUUAAUUUCUUGGAUCAUUUGAUUCGUGAGACGCCUUCGAAGAAGUUGUUGGCUAUCAAACGCAAUUUUUACCAUCGCAAUGGGUCAGGCCGUCGCCUCAUGGACGGAUCUAUUGUGGAGGUUCAUCAGGGAACUUAUGCUUCCCUGAGACUGAGCCAUAAUUUGGCUCACGGUGGCAUCGGCAUGGCGUUGAACACCGAUGUAUCCAAUACCUGCUUUUGGAUGGGCAAACAGACCGUCGACCAGAUGAUUUGCCACUACUUGGCUGGCUGUGAGCGCCGGUGGUACUCUCUUAAGCCGUCUGACCUUGCAAAGGAACUUCGACCUGUCAACAUUGAAGGACGACUUGGGCAAUCUGAUGCGUUCAAGCAUCUUCGCAAAUUUCGCAAAUUGCGCUUUACCGUACGCCACUCCAAUAGGGCUGCGGCUGCCAAUGAUAAAGUCUACACCAUCCAAGACUUUACUUUUGAUCCCAAAUAUGGACCAGAGGGGGUAAAUGCGAAGAACAAGACGUUCCCUCAGGAUGAUGGCAAAGAAAUCAGCGUCGUCGACUACUAUGAUAAAAAGUACGCGGCAUUCUUGCGGUACCCGUUCUUGCCAUUGAUUGAUGCUGGUAAGGGCGGCUUUAUUCCCAUGGAAUUUGCAUGGAUUGAGCCUAUGCAGCGCUAUGCGUUUAAACUCAACCCUGACCAGACAGCUGCAAUGAUCAAGAUGGCCGUCACAAGGCCCGAAGUUCGCAAGCAGAAUAUUCAACGUCAAAUGUCAUAUCUCGACCAACCCAACGACCCCGUCCUUGCUCACUAUGGUGCACAUUUUGAAAAGGAAUUUACCAAAACUCAGGCUCGGCUUCUACCUGCACCAAUCGUCAACUUUGGCACCGGCGUUGCAACCCCCGGCACGGGUGGCCGUUGGGAUCUUCGCGGGAAAAGGUUUUGGAAGGCAAAUGUUGUGCCUCUACAAGCCUGGGGGUUUGUCGUCAUGGACAACUGUGUCACCUUGCCGCAACUGCAGCAAUUUGCUAAGACUUUCAAGACCACUUUUGUCGGACAUGGAGGCAUCUGCAGCGCCGACCCAUUGCUUCUGAACGCGCCUGGAGAUAUCAAAACGAAUCCGGCACAGGUCCUCUCUUGGGCCCAUGGCCAAAUCACCAACAGCAAGAAGAUGUUCACGCAGCUGUUGUUUGUGGUUGUUCAACAUAAGAAUAGUCCACAUUAUAUCCGCCUCAAGAAGUCAGGCGAUUGUCGCUUCGGGAUUUUGACCCAGGUUGUCAACGGCGGUCAUGUUGCGAAGAACAAUGGGCAAUAUCAUUCCAACAUUUGCCUCAAAGUAAACGCAAAGCUUGGCGGUGCAACUUCGCGCACUAUGCCUCCAUGGAAAACUUCAGGGACUUACUUUCCAAGAGAGCGCCCUACCAUGAUCAUCGGCGUUGACAUUUCGCACGCCGCUCCGGGAGGCGAUGCAGCCUCUACCGCAGCCAUGACCAUGUCUAUUGACCCAGAUGCGACCCGGUACGCUGCCAUGGUUGAAUCCAAUGGGUAUAGGGUGGAGAUGCUUACUCCAAGCAAUGUCCAAAUGAUGAUUGGCAAGCUGUCCAGUGAAUGGAAGAAGGAGCAUGGGAACAGCUUCCCUGCGCAUAUCAUCUAUUUCCGCGAUGGUGUGGCCGAGGGGCAGUUUGCCCACGUCAUCGAGCAGGAGGUGCAAGAGAUGAAAUCUUUCUUUCAGCGCGUCGGCGGGGGGAAGCCUCCCCCAAAGUUCACCGUCAUCAUUGCCACUAAGCGGCACCAUAUAAGGCUAUUCCCUCUCCAUGGAAAGGGGGAUCGCAACGGCAACGUUCUGCCAGGGACUUUGGUCGAGAGGGAUGUGACCCAUCCUUUCAUGUUCGACUUUUAUCUCAACUCCCAUGCCGCUAUUCAGGGCACUGCGCGCCCGGUCCAUUACCAUGUGAUUAUGGAUGAGAUGAAUUGCCCGGUCAAUGAUCUUCAAAAGAUGAUCUAUUACCAAUGCUAUACGUAUGCCCGAUCCACAACACCGGUGUCCCUUCACCCGGCGGUGUACUAUGCUCACCUCGCAUGCAACCGAGCUCGCGCUCAUGAGGCCUCUUCGUCGACGGAUUCGGCUCGUACUGGUUCCAAGGGGCAUGAGAUGAUCCGCGAGCAGGAAUCCCGGGGUUUGAGUUCCGUCAAUUUGAGAAACACGGCGGCCCCUGCGUUGUUGCCCCUCGGUGGCCGCCCAGAGUCUGCGAAGCUCGCGCAUGGGGAGGCGGCUCAGAGACGUUUUUUGCCUCGUACCAUGUGGUAUAUUUAAAGAAAACUCAACCAAAAAAAUCACAGACGUAACAGGACCGUGCUGAAAAGAGCCACAUAGAGGGGAAUUUGCUAGGAAGAAUAGUUGAUUGAUUUGGUUAAGGAAUAAGAAACAGGAAAUACGGACCAGGAAAUAUGACAAAGGAAUUACCAUAUUGAAAGCGAGCCAAACACGGAACAGGUAGUAGCUAGGGAUAAGAACAAAUUAGCUUAGCGUAAAAAAACACAAAUAGGAAUAAGAAGUUUGCAUUCCACCAAACCUAUUCGCUUUGACAAGUGCCUGAAAUUAGAAUUGAAACAAAGAGCCGUGCACACUUACAC